AGAGCUCCUCAGGCUGCCGUCCAGAGGGCUGAGGGAAUAUCAGGAUCCAACGGGAAGUGACGUGUCGGGUUACACACUCCUCCCUCUUUUUCCUCAGGCAGAGACAGAGAGAGAGAGAGGGAGAAGGGGCGAGCGGGGCAGGAGUGAAUGUUGGAGCAGCAGCAGCCGUCUCAUUCCUGCUGUGUGAGAUCACGGAGCGGCAGAAUGUGUUGGGAUCUGCUCCACUCCUGAAAACCAGAUCCAACAAGACGGGAGGAGAAGAGAGAGAGAGGGAGAGAGGGAGGACACAAGGACAGAGGAGGAAAGCAAAGAAGGAAAGGAGGGUGGAGGAGGAGACGUGGAGGAGUUUUUUGGGAGCUUUUUGGGAUCUACUUUUGGUUAGAGGAUCUAGUUGGCAGAGUGUGUGAGAGGGGCUGAGCUCAGCCCUGCCCCAGAUCAGCCGACCGACCGCCUCACUGCAGCAACAUGAACUAUCUGAACGUGUUGGCGAAGGCGUUGUACGACAACGUGGCGGAGUCUCCGGACGAGCUGUCGUUCCGUAAGGGCGACAUCAUGACCGUGAUGGAGCGCGACACGCAGGGAUUGGACGGCUGGUGGCUCUGCUCCCUCCACGGUCGCCAGGGGAUCGUCCCCGGCAACCGCCUGAAGAUCCUGGUCGGCAUGUAUGACAGCAAGCAACAGGCCACGCCCUCGACGCCGGACCAAGCAGCUUCCUGUCCCCCGUCCCUGGUGCAGAGACCCCUCCCCCCUCAGAGCGCUUACGCCAAACCCGCUCCUGCGCCGUCAUCCAUGGCCCCGGGGUUUUUGAACAAGCCCCUCCUAUCUGCUCAGUACACGCCUAUGCACCCCGCCCAGCCCAACCCCGACUCGGUCUACAUGAUGCCCCCAUCACACGGCCCUAAACCCAGUCCGCAGAGUCUGUACCAGAUCCCCUCUGGCCCCACUGGACCGCCUCCUAAGGCCCAGCCUGGACCCCCAAAUAAGGCCCCCGCUCUUUCACAGAGACAGUUCACUCAGGACAUCUACCAGGUGCCCCCUUCUGCAGGACCAGGGCCCCCCGGAGUGGCCUCUGCAGGGGGGACAGGAGCCGGGCAGGAUGUGUACCAGGUGCCCCCCUCUCUGGAGAAGAGGAGCUGGGAGAGCAGCAACAAGCCACUGGGCAAGGUAAGGAAGGAAGGAAGGAAGGAAGGGGAUUGAUGUUGAAAAGUUGGAUGGAUGUUUUCUUGGUUUAUUAAAACUUUAAAAACAGUUAGAGCGAGACUGCGAAUGGUUCCAGAAAUGGUUUUCCUUUUUUUUUUUAAUGCUGAUGAGUCCACUACGGACUCUCUAGUCCGGGAUCAGGGUCUGAAAUUGAGGGUCAGAUCCUGGUCGCAACCAGCAUGUUUUUUCAGCUUUGUAAUAAUUACAGUUUAAUCAACCGCUGCUGGAUAUUAAUCCGCUCCAACUCCAACAUAACACACUCGCUUUCAGUCGCCAUGGUUACCGAUUACAAACAAGGACAGAACGCGGACAAAUAUAACCAGCAGAGAAAUCGACUAGCGUUAGCAGGCAGAGUGUUUUUAUUUAUUUUAUUUAUUUAUUUUUUAUUUUACAGGGACAUAUAAACAAUAAACAUUUCAGUAAAUAUUCCAGAGUUAACCAAAAGACUAAUUUUCAUCUGUUGUCUCUGGACAGAUUUGAUAAAACGCUCCCUAAAAAAAAACAAAUUCAAACAUCGCUAAAAGCUACAAAUAGAAAUAUCAUGACAGUAAUGAAGCAGACAGGUGAGCAGCCACAGGAGAAAAUACAUAAAGCAUGCAGGAUACACAUAAAGCAGCAUUUGGUUAAUAUAAAACAUGUAUCUCAUGCAGGACAGACGUGGAGCAGCAGACAAACAAUGUACCAAAAAAAACAAGUAUCAGUAAAAGUACGUAUCCAAUAACCUCCUAAAGUAAAUGUAACGUGCACACAGAGCUACACAGACACACAGACACACAGAGUGUGUCGAGCUGACGUAUGAAGCACGCUUUAAGGACGACGUCACAGAAAAAAUGUCCGCCAUGUGAU